UAUACAUUCGAUCCAGUGUCGCGGUGUCAACAGCAAAUGGCUUACGCCUUUCGAGCCUUGCCGGUGACGGCCGGCCAUAUAUCAGCAUCGUGCCGAUCGACUUUGCGACAGAACAGUGCCAUUGCCCCUUUCCUCUAUCCACUGGGCCAGCAACAAGUCCGCACGGCGACCAGUAAUCCCCAAGCCAAGGGAAAGAAAAACAAACAAAAAGAGUCAAAGAAGAAAGUCAAGGGUGCACGGGACUACCAACAGAAAGAUUUGAGUCUGAUUGAUCAAUAUGCCUUGUGCGAUGCGAUGAGAUACAUCCGCGCUUUCGAAGUCGGUCGCGAUCGUGAGCGAUCUAAAUAUGAGAUUCAUAUUCGAUUAAAGUCGAGGAAGGACGGUCCUGUCAUUCGCAACAUGGUCCGAUUCCCUCACGCCGUACAGACCGAGUCCAGAAUCUGUGUUAUAGCGCCUCCAGGAUCGAAGCACGCAAAAGACGCCCUUGAGGCCGGUGCUUCGAUCGUUGGCGAACAAGAAGUUUUUGAGAAUAUUAAGAAAGGAAUCAUUGAAUUUGAACGGUGUAUAUGCCAUACAGACAGCCUUGAUGCCUUGAAUAAAGCUGGUUUGGGUCGAAUCCUCGGUCCUCGAGGCCUGAUGCCCAGUGUCAAGACCGGCACUGUUGUGGACGAUGUCGGUAUCAGAGUGCAGAUGCUGCGAGGUGGUACCGUUUACCGUGAGCGAGACGCCGUGAUCCGCAUGCCAAUUGGACAGCUGGGCUUUUCGCCGGAUCAGCUCCGUGACAAUCUGCGAGCCGCUCUGGAGCAGGUUAAGAAGGAUACCACUCAAUUGAGUGAUCGUGUCCCCAAGGAGGUUUAUGAAGUGGUACGCACACGACAUCAAAUCUCCUCUUCUCGUAUUAUUGUGCUAACGAGAUACAGGUAUUGAGCUCAACCAAUGGUCCUGGCUUCAGUCUCAACGGAGACUUUAGAUCCGACAGCUCCCCCGAACCGGCAUAUUUGACUGGAUUGUAAAUUAUCUUUUCUUCAUACAUGUAUUGUUAAUUAGAAAUAUUUCAUUCAUGGCGUUCCAUGGUAUCUAUCAAAGCUCCUAGGCUAUUUCCGGUUCAAUCACCGACUCCACGCUAUGCAAUAUACUAUUCGGUCAAAAGUCGUAAAACUAGUCUCCUGCAAACUGUUAUAUGGAAAGCUGUUUGAGAGCAGAAACCGCGUUGGAUUCGGCCUUCAAUGAGUCAUAAAAUCGUAAAACUUUGACCGUACGAGCUUCGUCUUUGUUUCCACCUUUCCGAGACUGCUUGAGUGCCGUGUCCAGGUCGAGAAGUAACGUGGACCGAAUCUUCUCAAGACGGGGUUGUUGGCCAAUUAGAAAAGGGUGAUCUGAGCCUAUUCGUUCAGCUUCGGAAAUGAUAUAUAGAUAUUUUUGUAGGUGACCCUCCAGUUUUUUUAUUGAUAUUAUGGUGGAUUCGUCCUCUUCAUCUUCAGAAUCGCUCUCGCUUUCAGUGUUGUCGGAAAUAAAGCCCUCCUGAUCGGAUUCGAUAUCUUCAGACGCAGUAGUUAACGCAUUCGAAUUCUUCGCAUUGGCAAUCAUCAACCGCUGUUCAAGCUCUUCUAUUCUUUCCGCAAUAUCAAGCAGAGACCUUCCAACGUUCGCUUUUAUCCUGUACGCUUUCUUGUCUUGUAGAAGGCGUUCCAUCUCAGUUUUCCGGGCUGCGACUUUGGCAUGGAUUGCUGUAACUUCUCGCUGGAAGCCUAGCAGUCCAACACUGAUUUCUUCUACUUUCUCUUCCCCUCCUUGAAGAGCGCCGCCUAGAGACAGGAAAUCUUGGUAGUUCUCAUUGACUACAUCAAGCAAUUCUUUGUUUAGUCCUUGACUCAAUUCUCGGAGUUCCAGGCGCAAGUCUUCAAGGGUCUGAUGUCGAUUGGUCAGAGUCGAGAGGAAUUGGGCUGGAUCAAAUUCUGGAGCGAGAAACGACGAUCGCGAUAAUGGUUUGGGAAAUGGAAGGUCUGUGGUGUUUUCGUCAAAGUCGG